UAUAUCUCACGCGUCGUCCUCGUCUUCUCCGUAUUACACUGAUUUAAUUCUCCUACCUAUCUCAACUUCCUACGUUUAUUCAUCAUUCAUGGGUUUGAAGGAGGAAUUCGAGGAGCACGCUGAGAAAGUGAAUACGCUCACCAAGUUGCCAUCGAACGAGGAUUUGCUCAUUCUCUACGGGCUCUACAAGCAAGCCAAGUUUGGGAAUGUGGACACCAGUCGUCCUGGAAUGUUCAGCAUGAAGGAGAGAGCCAAGUGGGAUGCUUGGAAGGCUGUUGAAGGGAAAUCAUCGGAAGAAGCCAUGAAUGACUAUAUCACUAAGGUCAAGCAACUCUUGGAAGAUGCUGCUUCCAGUGCUUGAACCUGAUGGAAUCAUAUGAUUGAUCAAUCCCUCCUCUGCAGUAACUUUAUCUUAAGCAAUCAAAUAACAUAGCAUAAGACUUGUUCUUGCUCUUGUGUUUCUAUCAUAUUAAAAUCUCUCUACUUUGUGACAUGGUUUGAUCUCUUAAAAGUGCUUGAUAUUGGUCUAAACAAAGAAUCAUGAUGCAAAUUAAA